UUAUUUUUAAAUAUGUUUUUUUUAAUUUAUAGGUCUACUGGUGAUCAGACCCGGUCUCGAUCUCGUCGUGCCUCACCACGAGGUCGUAGUGGUACGGGGAGACACUCUCAGGGUUCGUCCAGCCACUCUCGGGGGUCGAGCAGCCACUGUCAGGAUUCUUCAUUUCCCGCUCCGGUUUUUGCUCCCGCUGCUGCACCCCCUCCCGUUGCUGCACCCCUCCCACUGCUGCACCCCCUCCCGCUCCUCCAGUCGUUCCGGGGGUGAUGACUGUUGCCCAGUUGGUUCAACCGCCCGGUCGUGAGCAUCUUCCCUAUCUCACUCCGUGUCCAAAGGGACGACGUCAAACAUGGUUCAACCGAUCCGGGAACGGGAUCAGCGCAUGGAUCAACAAUAUGAUGUACUCGAACCUCAGCAAGGGAUAUCCGACUUUCACUCACUUCCCUGCCGAGGACCAGGAGAUGUGGUUUCGUCAGUUUGCGCAAGAGUUCACCUGGAAUCCCGAUCACACGAACUUUAUCCGUGACGCCUUCGUCCAUAAAAUUAUGGACAACUAUGGGAAGCAGAUCUACGAGUGGAAGCAGAAGUGGCUCAUCAACUAGGUUUUUUUUAAUUUAUUAAACAAUUUUUUGAAUUUAUUAAACUUUUUUUGGAUUUAUUAAACUAUUUUAUAUUUUUUUUAUUAAAACGUCCCGAAGUCGAUCAACAGCACGGUCUGGGAGGAAUUGUGUGUGCAUUGGGAUAAGGACGAGACGAAAGCUACCUCCGUGACAAACUCUGCCAGCCGCAAAAGCGAUCGUGGCGAGAAGGGCAUGUACAAGCACAAUUUGGGUGCCCAGACUAUUGCCACUCUGGGGAAUCGCUUGGUAAGUUCAAUCUUUUUUUCUUUAAUUAUUUAAGUAUUUUUAUUUUAUUUUUUAUGCAUUUCUUCUAAUUUCUAAUGUUUGUUUAACUUUUGUUUUUUUCAAGGCGGAUGAAAAUGAUGGCGAGCCAGUUGAUGAUUUCGUCCUAAUGAAGACGGCGCAUACCAACAAGCACACCGGGGAGAUUGAUGAUGGUGUUGUGAGGGAUGUGCUCAGCCUGAUCGAAACUCAGAAGGAAGACGAAGAGACCCGUCAAUCUCAGCUUCAAACCGACCUGGACGCCACUUCGACGGCUUCGACCAACUUGUCCCGGAUUCGAAUCAACGAAAUCGUUGAAUCGUUAUGUUCUUUAUAAAAAAGUUCAAUUCAUCUAUUUCUUUAUUUUCAUUUUAUCAUCUUUUCUAUUAUUUAAAUUUGUUUAUUUUCUAUUUCAGUCGGUUCCAAAGAAGAAGGGACGUUUGGUCGGUUUGGGUCGUCGAGCCCGGUCGGUUCCUCAUUCUGCACCACAGCCCUAUGUUGAUCCAGAAGUGCUUAUGGACCAGUUGAAGGACAAAGAUGACCGCAUAGCUGCGUUGGAGCAAAAGAUGGCGGAUCAAGAGGCGGGAUGGGAGGCAACGAGGAAGCAGAACGAGCAAAUGAUGGAGAUGAUGAAGAGGAUG